AUGGCCCGUUGUCAGCCUCAGAAGCCUGUCAUAGCCGUCAUCGGCGCUACGGGCACGGGCAAGUCUCAGCUUGCUGUUGAGCUGGCCUGCCGCUUCAAUGGCGAAAUUAUCAAUAGCGAUGCCAUGCAACUUUACGAAGGCUUGCCCGUCAUCACCAAUAAGAUCACCCAGGAAGAAAUGAAAGCUGUGCCACACCAUUUGCUUGGCACCAUCACCCAUUCUGAGGAUACCUGGACUGUCACUGAAUUCGUCAAAAGAGCUCUGACCGUAGUUGAUGACAUCCAUUCUCGUGGAAAGCUGCCCAUCAUUGUCGGCGGUACUCACUACUACAUCCAGUCUUUGCUGUUCAAGGAGAGUCUUGCCGACGGCGCCCAGCAACCAGAAGAGCCCAAGCCGGAGGACGGAGACAGCGAGAAAUAUCCAAUCCUGGACGAGCCCACCGAGGUGAUUCUGGCUAAACUCCGAGAAGUCGACCCGGUCAUGGCAGACCGCUGGCACCCCAACGACCGCCGCAAGAUCCAGCGCUCCCUAGAGAUUUGGUUGAAGACCGGUAAACCAGCGUCGCAACUCUACGAGGAACAGCAAAGCUUGCGGAAGCAACCUGCCGACGGCACGGAGGAAGGAGCGGCCUCCGGAACGCAAAGGUUCCCGGCCUUGCUUUUCUGGGUGCACGCCGCGAACGAGCCUCUCCGUUCCCGGCUGGAUGCCCGUGUGGAGAAGAUGUUAGCGAAUGGGCUGCUGUCCGAAGUGGACGAGCUUGAUCGAUUCCUGCAGCAACGUGAGUCGGAGGGCCAUCCCGUUGAUCGAACCCGUGGCAUAUGGGUUUCGAUUGGGUACAAAGAGUUCGAAGCCUACCAGCGUGCUCUCACUGCCGGACCCGCAGACGACAAAGAGCUGGCGAAGCUCAAAACGCAAGCAAUUGAGCAGGUCCAAGCUGGGACUCGCCAGUACGCUAAGAGGCAAAUCCGGUGGAUACGCAUCAAGCUGAUGAAUGCUCUUGCUAACGCAAAUGCGAUGAAGAGCUUGUACCUGCUCGACGGCUCGGAUCUGUCUCGAUGGCAGGAGACUGUCGAAGUACCGGCGCUUGAUCUGGCCACGAAGUUCCUGGACGGCGAGUCGCUUCCAGAGCCGCAGAGCAUAUCGGAAGCCGCGGCCGAGAUGUUGACGCCGAAACGCGAAUAUGACCUCAGCGAACGCAGGGAUAUGUGGCAGAGGAGAACCUGCGAGACGUGCAACACUGUGGCUGUCACGGAGAGUGACUGGAACAAGCAUGUGCAGAGUCGCGGCCACAAGGUACGAGAGAAGAAGCGUAGGCAGAAGCAAGCGGCUGGAGCGGAUCGCCCAGAGAAGCAACCCAAGGAGCCGAAAGAGGAAACAGACCACCCGGCUGGAGAUCUCGAGUCAACGAUGACUGCCUUUGAUGAGUUGGUGAACGAUCAGAAGUAG